CAAACUUGAGGAUUAAUGGGUGAAAGCGAUUUCUUAAUGCUCAUGGUCAAGAACAGAAUGUCCACAAAGAUAGACCAGCUACCAUACUGCAGGGACAUGUUUAUGAUAUUUCGGCUUUCUGUCCAUCUAAGCAGCAUAUGGCCCGGGUGGUUGAGCGCUUCAACAGUGUACAUACCAACUUGCGCGUCACCUGCGAGGUAGAACGAGCAAAUUGUCUGCCAUUAUUGGAUCUUCUCAUCAGUCGCAAAGAUAACGGACAUGUUAGAAGGUCCGUCUACCAAAAGUCAACAUGGUCCGGUCAAUACCUACAUUUCAAAAAGUUUACACCAAUGCGGUACAAGCGGACACUUGUGAAGACCUUACUUAGUCGUGCCCGACGACUAUACCCGGCAAACUGUCUAAAUGAUGAACUGGAGCUAAUUGCAAUCACAACUCAUGUCAAACUGUUACGUUCGAAGUUCUGUAGAGAAGCACAGCCAGCCACGAAGAUUAAAGGACUUGGUACAGGAGGCAGUGAAGAAGAAAGUUUAUGUCGACUUAUCUUUCAAGGGUGAUAUCGCCACAUUAAGGACCACUAAGCGCCUGAUUGCUGCUGCACAUAGAACAUACUAUGCUGCUCAG